AGUAAUAGAAUACAAACUAAAAUGGCGGCUCUUGGCGACUCACCGGCGUCGUCUGCGCCCGUCAUCGGCCGUGAUUUACCCGGUUUCCCCUCUGUGCCUCUCUCCGCCGAUGCCGCUCCGUUCACGCCUCAGGGGGCCGACGUGUGGCAGCGUGGCGCCUGGCCGCAGACGGAAGCCGAGAGGCUUUUUUGCCACUGCGCCGCAAAGGUGCGAGGACUGCGGGCGGACUCGAGCAAGCUGCGGGAUGAGCUCAACCUUCUUUUCGACCAGCUCAUCUCCGAGCCCUUCAACCGGAGCGUGGAGCCCAACUUUAACAUUCAGCCGGAGGAUGUUUGCAUCUUGCUGGUGAAUGCCACUCGUCUUGUGCCCAUGAAUCAAGAACAUUUGGUUGUCAAGCUAUGCAAGCUCGUGCAUCACCUCCUCCACCAGCUCAAGGUAAUAAUGGACAAACAGACCCUGGACAUCCUGCUGAAGUACUUGAUGGCAGCGUUAGAAGCGUGCAGCACGUGGACGCACCUCGGGGUCCUGCAGGCACUUGCCACCGUUAUCUACGGCAACGGACAGCAGUGCCACCAGCAACUCGACAACCUGCUGGGAGAAGGCGGAGUCCUCCUGCUCUACGGCGCCCCCUCUCAGCCCGAUAUGGAUCUACGUCACGCGGCCCUCACCUGUAUGGCCAACAUCUGUGUCAGGAUUUCGGGUCAGCCGCCGCUGGACGACGGGCACAAGAGCGUGUGUUUCUCGCUCUUCCUGCAAACGCUGCAGGUGCCCCGACCGGACGACGGCGAUGAACUCUUUUACUGCAUUGUGCUCCAGGCCGCGUUGAAAGGACUCCAUUGUUGUCUGCUGGGCGGGAAGUGGAAGUUCGGUGGCGACGAGGUGGUCGGAUCGGUGCUGGCCGCUCUCAAGAGGCUCAUGUUCCAAGGAACUCCGGGGGUCAGUGUGACGUGGCCUGCCGUGCUCUACCCAGCACCUCUCUCGCACUACGAGAGCCCUUCUGCACGCAAACCCGAAGACGAAGCCCCAAAACCGCCGGAGGCGGCGAAGGACGGUGGGGGGAAAGCGACUGCGAACAAGAAAAGGAGAUCCAGAGGGAAGGCUAAGAAACCAAGCGUGGAGGAGGGCAGGCGGGACGACGAGGAUAACGGCGAGACUGCGGCGUUGGCGCUUCACAAAACAGGAAGUGAAGGCAAAGCUUCGGGGGUUUCUUUGUACCCCUCGUGGAAGCGGAAUACUUCGGAUUCGGAGUUUUCUGACUCGGAAGGCAGCGCGCAGAGCAAGCUACGGCUUCGGCAUGCCCGUGUUCGCCAGGGGGCGCUGCACUGCCUGCUGGCCGUGGUCAAGUGGGUGGAGAAGCGGACCCUGUACGGCUACUGGUCCUCCUUCAUUCCGGAAGCUCCUGUCGGAAACGGAGCGGCACCGCCGCUCACCCUGCUCACCAUCAUACUGAAAGACCCCUCGCCCAAGGUCCGUAUGUGCGCGCUCCAGGCGCUGUCGGCCAUGCUGGACGGUUCUCGGCAGUUCCUGGCCGUGGCAGAGGACACGGCGUCGCCGCGCACUUCCUACACGCCGUUUUCUUUCACCUUGGCCACCGCCGUCCGAGAGCUUCACCGUUCGCUCAGCUUGGCUCUCAUGGCCGAGACGUCUCCUCAUACGCUCACGCAGGUCAUCAAGUGUUUGGCCCACCUGGUGUCCAAUGCGCCGUACCACCGCCUGAGGCCCGGCCUGCUGAGCUCACUGUGGAAGCAGAUACGACCAUAUGUGCGCCACAGAGACACUAACGUGCGCGUGUCGGCACUGACGCUCUACGGCGCUUUGGUGACGACUCAGGCGCCGCUUCCCGAAGUGCAGCUCCUCCUCCAGCAGCCAGAGGGCAGCAGCGCAAGUGGCGGUGGCGGCUCCUUCACGCCACAGGACUCCCGCGCCCUCAGCUGGCGACAACCGGGCGACACCCCCUCGCCGCGGGCUCCUCGCACGCCAAAGGAGGCGGAGGGCGGCCCACCGUGGCUGCUGACGCUGUGCGCCGCGCUGGUGACGCAGCCCAGGGACGAGCAUUCGGACAGCGAGGGCGUCGGCGGCUUGGCCUUGGAGCCGUCGCCGGUGCGGCUGGAGGCCCUGCAGGUGCUUUCCCACCUGGUGCGAGGUUACAUCUCGCUGUCCCAGGCUUGCCUGUGCGAGAUCGGGCAACUCUGCGCUCGCUGCCUGGCCGAGAGCGACCCGUCCAUACAGCUUCACGGCGCGAAGCUGCUCGAGGAGCUCGGAACCGGAAUCAUUCAGCAAUACCAGGCCGAGAGCGACGUUCCAGAGGGUCCGCGGGUUCCCCUCAACCAAGUGGUGCAGUUCUGGACGGAGGUGCUGAGCGGGCCGCUGAACGGCGCGCUGCAAAACCAGCAGCAUCCCACCUUGCAGACCAGCGCCUGCGACACGCUCGCUUCCAUCCUGCCGCAGGCCUUCGCUCAGCUGCCCGACAAGAUGCAGCUGAUGUGCAUCACCGUCCUGCUGGGCCUCACCUACAGCGACAGCGACCUGGUCAAGAUGGCGGCCGUCAGGGCUCUGGGCGUCUACGUGCUCUUCCCUUGCCUGAGAGAGGACUUGAUGUUUGUGGCCGACACGGCCAACUCCAUCCUCGCCGCCUUGGACGACCGAUCCUCCAACAUCCGCGCCAAGGCCGCAUGGUCUCUCGGUAACCUGACCGACACGCUCCUCGUCAACAUGGACUGCGUGGAAGUCGACUUUCAGAAGGAGAUGUCGGACAUGUUGCUGCUGAAGAUGCUGCAAGCGGCCACGCGGUCGGCGGCGGACAAAGACAAGGUGAAGUGCAACGCGGUGCGAGCCAUCGGCAACCUGCUGCACUUCCUGCGCGAGGCUCAGCUGAGCCGCGCGGCCUUCCGGCAGCCUCUGGAAGACGCCAUGAGAGCUUUGGUCAAGACUGUGCAGUCGGUGGCCACCAUGAAGGUGCGCUGGAACGCCUGCUACGCUCUGGGCAAAGCCUUCAAGAAUCCAGACCUGCCGCUCGAGUCCGCCUGCUGGUCCGGCGACGCCUUGGCCGCCCUUUGCAACGUGGUGGGCUCCUGCAAAAACUUCAAGGUGCGCAUCAAGUCUGCGGCCGCCCUGGCUGUGCCUGCCCACCGUCGUUGCUACGGCGACGCUGAGCGCUUCGGUCACGUUUGGCGCUCACUGGCUGCGGCGCUCCGGAGUAGCGAAGAGACGGACGACUUCCUGGAGUACCGCUACAGCGCCAGUCUGCGCCACACACUCUCACGGGCCCUGCUGCACCUGCUGCGUCUCGGGCUGCCGUCGGACCUACCCGCAAUCUCCGCCUCGCUAGCCGGGGAGGAGGGCGGUGGCCUCAGGGAGCAUCUGCUGAAGUACCUGCGAGCUGAGGGGGUGCCGGGGGAGGAGAAGGACGCAGCGGCGGGGGACACUUUCGACCCCCAGCAAAGAGUCCAGAGUCUACAGCAGAUGGUUCAAAGACUCAAGGCGAUGGAGGUCGACACGGAGGAGAGCGCAAAAGCGGCACUGAUUUGCUUCCUGGAGGAUUUGCUGAAAGACUCCGAGGAACCCUGACGAACUUGCAACAUAACAGACACCCUUGUGCCUUAAUGGAGGCUUUUUAUCAUACACCAUGAAAACCUUACCUUUUUUUUUUUUAAUUUAUGUUACUUGAUCAUUUCAACACAGCUCAUCUUCAUUUGUCUUUGAUGUUCAAACUCAGGACGUCACCAAAAGCAUGUCUGACAUGUUGGGAGCACUUUUAAGGGAUGAUUUCAAGUAAUCAUUCAUCCAUCCAUCCAAUUUCAAUACUGCUUGUUCUCAUUCGUGAGCUGGAGCCUAUCGCAGCUGACUUUGGGGAACAAGUCGACUGCACCCUGGACUGCUCUCUAGCUAAUCACCGGGCAAAUAAACAGCCGCUCUCGCUCACGAUUACAGGACAGCUGGAACUGUAGAUUUUGUUAAAUUCUUGGUUUUCUGUGAUCUUUCAUGAAAGACUAAUGCUGACUUCAGUUAGGCCAACGAAAUAAAGAAUAACACAAUC